AUGAGGUUUUUAGCCUCCAAUGGCCUUGGAGCCAGGCAGCAUCUGCUAGCGACUGCUUUUCGAUCCCAGCACCGUGCUUUUCACGCGGCUGUCAUUGGGGGUGGCAUCACCGGUCUCACAUCGGCUUUCCACCUGGUGCAACACCCCAAAUGCUCUGGGGUCACAAUAUACGAAAAAUCCCCUCGCCUUGGAGGUUGGAUGCGAUCUGAGCGAGUUCCAGUCAAAGGAGGCGAUGUGUUAUUUGAAUACGGCCCUCGCACGUUAAGAUGCUCGGAAACGCUUGUACCUCUUUGGUACAUGGCUGAACAAGUAGGCUUAAUGAAUGAAGCAAUCUGGACCCCCAAAAAUAGUCCUGCCGCAGCCAAUCGUUUCAUCUAUUACCCGGAUCAUCUCGUCCGCCUUCCAAGCCCACGUCCAGGUGUAUCAUUCGCGAAUAACCUCAAAGAUGCCAUUCAGACAGUCUUAAAAGAACCUCUUUUCGAGACGCUCAUACCGGCUAUCCUUUUUGAGAGCUUCAAACCGCCACGAGGGGUCGAUCAAUGGCAGACGGAUGAGUCCAUCGCAGAUUUCAUCUCACGCCGUUUCACUCCGGAAAUCGCAGACAAUCUUGUUUCAGCCGGGAUGCAUGGGAUAUACGCGGGAGAUAUUGAUAGAUUGAGUGCCCAGGCUCUCAUUGGUCCUUUACGCAACAUGGAAGCUACUGGCAUCAUAUCUAGCCUUUUCAACAGUAUGCUCUCUAGUCAAAAACGCCAACUGUUUGAUGAUUAUAUUGCUGCGGAAAUCUCCGGGACCCAAUAUAUGGAUUAUCUGAAAGGCAAUUCGAGUCCAGAUGCAACAAUAGACGCCCGGCAACGAAGAAUGCAAUCGACCACUCUCACCUUCAAACAGGGGACACAGCAGCUUGUGGACGCGAUUGCUGCGCAUUUGGCGAAGUCAAAAAAGGUCACAAUAAAAACAAGUUCAGACGUUCAAGCCAUGAGCCUAAUAGCAGGUCAUGAUCAAAUUUCCAUUACCUCUCGUCAACCCGGCCAUGGUAUCAGUCGCGUCAACUAUGACCGGGUCAUUGCGUCGCUUCCAGCGCCCGCAUUGGCCAACAUCUUGGAGUCAACGCACACGAACCACCCAGGCCAGUCUCUCCCCGGCGAGACCAUCAGAAAACUCAAGCAACGUGACUAUGCCACCACUGUGAUGGUUGUCAAUUUAUAUUAUGACGAUCUCACACUUCCAGUGGACGGCUUUGGGUACCUGAUUCCUCGCUCAGUUCCAUUUGAACAAAAUCCAGAAUGCGGACUGGGUGUCCUCUUCGCGUCUGCUUCUAGCUGGGGCUUUACAAGCUCCACCUCCGAUGCUCAAUUCAUCUCGCAGGAUAAUGCGCCGGGAACUAAACUUACAGUAAUGAUGGGUGGCCACUACUGGGAUGACUGGAAAGAGUCCGAUUACCCCGAUCAUGACUCCGCUGUCAAAAUGGCUCGAGCUUUACUUGAGCGCCACAUUGGUAUCAAAGAUGCUCCCAGCGUUACACGGAGCAGUCUCCAAAAGGACGCCAUCCCCCAAUACACUGUUGGGCAUAUCGACCGCAAUUUUGAUUUGUCUGCGUCGGUGAAGAAGGAGUUCAAUAAACGACUUGUUCUCGCCGGAAACUGGUACACCGGAGUUGGUGUCAAUGAUUGCGUCCGGCAAGGUGCUCUUGCUGCAACAGUUGGAGUCGGCCAGGCGCAUAUUGAAUACUUCUUGGACAACAGGCUCUCGCAUGGAGGCAACGGCACUUUGGACUGGGAUUUGGAGGGUGGUAUUCCCACGGCCCCAGUGCAGUAUAUCACAACUAAAGACACCUAA